AUGGGUUCGCAAUUGGAUUGGAGAGAAGCUCAGGACAGAGAGAAGUGGAGAAGAAUAGGCCAAGGGUCAUGCUGGUCUUUAGCAAGCGGAACUACGACACAAUCUACCGUUCCUGGUAGUCGCCUGGACAAUCCUAAGACAACCUGGAGUAGUGAAACUCCAUCAGUUCUCCAGCAAGUUAUAAUUGGCUAUUAUAAGAGGGCUACGAGUCCCAAGGAUCAUCUGCAACACUUGAACAUGAAGCUGACACGGUUCGAGCCCCGUGCAUUAUUACCCCAGAGGUUCAUUGAAAAAGUGCACUCCACGGAUUAG